AUGAAGGCUGGAAACAUCCUAAACGGGACUGAUAACACCACAGUGCACUCCUGUAAAGAGGCAGAGACUGCUGCUUGCAUCAUGGCCAUCAGCCCUUCAACAAUACGUCUGUUUUUAUACAUGUUCAUCGGAGGUUCUCUUUCACUUGUGACGAUAAACGGUAACCUUCUGGUAAUCACCUCCGUGGCUUACUUCAAACAGCUCCACACUCCUACUAACUACCUCAUUCUCUCCCUGGCUGUGGCCGACCUGCUCGUCGGGGCCGUGGUGCUGUUGUUUAACAUGGCACUAACCGUCAAGUCAUGUUUGUAUUUUGGAGAUUUGAUCUACAGAUACUACGCUGUGUGCCAGCCUCUGACAUACAGAUCCAAAAUAAAUGACUCUGUUGUUCUCCUCAUGAUCUUGGGAAGCUGGUCUGCUUCUGCUCUCUCUGGAUUUGGAAUUAUGUUUGUGGGUCUCAGAAACUUUGUUUGUGAAGGAAGGUGUUUCUUAUUUCACAUCCCAAAAUCAAACACAGUUGGCUUGAUCGUGUCAUUUUACAUUCCAGUCAUGUUAAUGCUUUUCGUCUACCUGAAAAUUUUCUCUGUGGCACAGAAACAAGCACGAUGCAUUCAGAACGCAACAUGUCAAGCCAAAAAAUCAAUAGUUAAAGUCAAUAAGAUGGAAAGGAAAGCCACAAAGACUCUGGCUGUUGUCUUGGGUGUUUUCCUCUUCUGCUGUACUCCCUUCUUUCUCUCUCUCACCAUCAAUCCCAUGACCGACUAUGUGAUCCCCUCAGCUCUCAUUGAGACCUUUUCUUGGCUCAGUUGGUCCAAUUCAAUGCUUAAUCCGUUUGUGUAUGGAUUCUUUUACAGCUGGUUCAGAUCAGCCUUCAGGAUCAUCAUCUCUGGGAAAAUAUUCAAAGGCAAUUUUAAAAACACAAAAUUGUUGUAA